UCGCCGCCUGCGCAGAGCGCCGUGCGUGCGCGCUCGCGUGCGCGCGUCCGCGGUGGUGACGGGCAUGGCGGUGUGUGCUCGGCUCUGCGGCGUGGGCCCCGCGCGUGGGUGCCGCCGCCGCCAGCAACGCCGCGGCCCGGCCGAGACUGCCGCGGGUGACAGUGAGGCGGACACGGACCCCGAGGAGGAGCGCAUCGAGGCGGGGCCGGCGCGGUGCUCCCUGCUGGAGCUCCCUCCCGAGCUGCUCGUGGAGAUCUUCGCGUCGCUGCCCGGCACCGACCUGCCCAGCCUGGCGCAGGUCUGCAGCAGGUUCCGCCGCAUCCUGCACACGGACACCAUCUGGAGACGGCGCUGCCGCGAGGAGUAUGGCGUUUGUGAGAACCUGCGGAAGCUGGAGAUCACAGGCGUGUCUUGCCGGGACGUCUAUGCAAAGCGUAUAAACCCUCGCGUGAAGUCAGGACGCUUCAUGAAAAUUCUCCCCGAUUACGAGCACAUGGAGUACCGAGAUGUGUACACCUGCUUGCUUCACCGAUACAGACACAUUCUGGGGCUGUGGCAGCCGGAUAUUGGGCCGUACGGAGGAUUGCUGAACGUUGUGGUGGAUGGACUGUUCAUCAUUGGCUGGAUGUACCUGCCUCCUCAUGACCCCCACGUGGGCGACCCCAUGCGCUUCAAGCCCCUGUUUAGAAUCCAUCUGAUGGAGAGGAAGUCGGCCACGGUGGAGUGUAUGUACGGCCACAAGGGGCCCCACAACGGCCACAUCCAGAUUGUGAAGAGGGACGAGUUCUCCACCAAGUGUAACCAGACAGAUCACCACAGGAUGUCCGGUGGGAGGCAGGAGGAGUUUCGGACGUGGCUGAGGGAGGAGUGGGGUCGCACGCUGGAAGACAUCUUCCAUGAGCACAUGCAGGAGCUGAUCCUGAUGAAGUUCAUCUACACCAGUCAGUACGACAACUGCCUGACCUACCGACGGAUCUACCUCCCACCCAGCCACCCCGACGACCUCAUCAAGCCCGGCCUCUUUAAGGGCACCUACGGUAGCCACGGACUAGAGAUUGUGAUGCUCAGUUUCCACGGCUCGAGGGCCAGAGGCACCAAGAUCACAGGUGACCCCAACAUCCCCGCAGGGCAGCAGACUGUAGAGAUUGACCUGCAACGCCGCAUCCAGCUGCCGGAUGUGGAGAACCUCCGCAACUUCAAUGAGCUCUCCAGGAUCGUCCUGGAGGUCCGAGAGCAGGUGCGGCAGGAGCAAGAGGCUGGCGAGGGCCCCGCCACACCCCGGGAGCCUUCAGCCAAGGGCCCCGAGGGGUCGCCUGCUAAGGACAGCAACGAGCCUGCCAAUGGAGCGGGGGCGGCUGAGCAGUCAGCCUCGUCUGGGCAGGGGCAGCCAUUCGUGCUUCCUGUGGGUGUCAGCUCGAGGAAUGAGGAUUACCCCCGCACCUGCCGGCUGUGUUUCUAUGGCACAGGCCUCAUCGCUGGCCAUGGCUUUACGAGCCCCGAGCGCACCCCCGGCGUCUUCGUCCUGUUCGACGAGGACCGCUUUGGCUUUCUGUGGCUGGAACUGAAGUCCUUCAGCCUGUACAGCCGGGUCCAGGCCACCUUCCAGAACGCCGACGCGCCAUCGCCGCAGGCCUUCGACGAGAUGCUCAGGAACAUCCAGUCUCUCACCUCCUGACCCCCACGUGGGCGGAGAGGCUGCACCGGGGCCCUGGGUUGGGGGAGCAUGCACUUUAGAAAUGACCGCACACCUCCUCACUGGGGCCCUGGUCGCCCCGAGACGCUUCUUGUAUAGUGUGUAACAUACUCUUGUACAUUUGAUUUGUUGGUAGCUGUGAAGGUGUACGCUAAGCAUGGCGGGAAAAUAAAGAGUUGAGCCAGGAUGAA